AUGGUUCUCUCACAGGCGAGUGCAAGCCCGGAUCGUCCAGAAAGCUCAUCCGUAGACAACAGUAUCAGCGAUAAGGAUCAACAAUCAACCAGCAUAAUACAGUCAACUGAUAGUAGUGGCAGUGUGCAGUGUUCCUCCAGACGACGACAUACUUGGCACGCCACGAAUGUUUCCCAGGCGAGUCACAGUGCUCAGGAGGAAGAUGAUCGAAAUCAAAGUAGUUGUUCCGGUUGGGGCAGUCAAGAAAGCAUCCGUACAGGUAGCGUCGGUGAUGAUGAAAAAUCGUUUGCUGUGUGCUCGUCACGAUCGUCCUUAUCGGCUUAUCAUCUGUUCCCUUUAAUGAUUUUGGACAAUUUAUUUGUCAAUAUUUCUGAAAUUAAGAAAUUCGGACACCAACUAUUUGUGAUCACGAAUAAGUAUCGUGAGUAUCGUGGAUGCCAGAGUCGUGCUGGUGGCCUUUAG